UCAAAGAGUAAUCUGGCUGUCACUUGCUGGUUAUGGAGGAGCAUGAGGAAGCUGUUUCUAUUACUUUCUCUCUUGCUGUCCCAGGCAGCUCAUUUGGAAGGCAAAAAGGAUAAUCAGUUCAUCUGGAAACCAGGCGCCUGGGGAAGGUGCGUAGGAGACUGUGGACCCGGAGGAGUCCAGAGUCGUGCCCUGUGGUGUUUCCACUUGGAAGGGUGGACGAGUCACCUCUCUAACUGCGAUGAGAACGGCAGGCCUCCAAAGGAAAGAAGCUGCUUCCGAGUCUGUGACUGGCACCGUGACCUCUUCCAGUGGGAGGUCUCUGACUGGCACCACUGCGUGCUCGCCCCUUCCAGCCUAGGCCGAGCCGCGCCUCGGCCCGCGGAGUGUGUGACAGCGCAGCAUGGGUUACAGCACCGGGCUGCGCGCUGUAUUCAGAAGUUGAACAGAACCGUGGUUGGAGAUGAAAUAUGUGAACACUUUGCCCCCCGCCCCACCACAGAGCAAGCUUGCCUCGUCCCCUGCCCCCGGGAUUGUGUUGUGUCUGAGUUCUCACAGUGGUCCGAGUGUAGGAAGGGAUGUGAGAAGCAAUUGCAGCACAGAACCCGGGCAGCCGUCGCUCCCCCUCUCUACGGCGGCUCUCAGUGUCCCAAUCUGACCGAGUCGAGAGCCUGUGACGCUCCUGUUUCCUGUCCUCUUGGAGAAGAAGAAUAUACUUUUAGCCUUAAAGUUGGACCAUGGAGUAAAUGUAGACUGCCUCAUCUUAAAGAAAUUAACCUCAGCGGAAGAACUGUUCUGGAUGUUAGCUCCGAUUCAAAGGAGCGAGUCACCGUUAGAAAUCAGAGUUACAAGCCACAUCACUUUUCCAAGACCUGGGACUUAGAGAUAGGUUAUCAAACCCGGCAGGUGUGGUGUACCAGAAGUGACGGAAAAAAUGCUAUGUUAAG